UUUGAAAUCCUGUCGCUUGGCACGCAUGCUUCCACGCAAGACAUAAAGAAACGGUACUAUGAACUUGCCAAGACCCUGCAUCCCGAUACCCCUACUGGCAAUGUCGACGAAUUCCAUCAAGUCGUUAAGGCAUAUGAACUCCUCUCUGAUCCCGUCCGUCGAAAAAACUACAUUCAGACUGGCAUAGGAUGGGGCGAUCUGGCAUUUCCCUCUGCUACGUCAGCGGGUGAUCCCUGGGGUCCUGGC